CGUGUUGAAAAGUACGCGCCGCGGUCACGUGACGACCCCCUUGCGCUCGUGCGCUCCCGACGCGUCCCCCAGUCUUGGCGAAGCGCUGCACCGCGGCUGGGCGACGAGACGGCGUCAUGAGCGGCAGCAGGAUUCCUCCGCGGCAGCGCUGCCCCUGGUCGUCCCAAUGAAGAGAGAGCUCAUACGGUCGGAUGUUUCCCCAACGCGCGUCUACUGAGAGAGAAUGCGUCUUAUUGUUUUUGCCACUUUGUUUGGAGUCCUUCUCGACGCAGGAGAUGCUCUUCAGAUCCAGUGCUACCAGUGUGAGGAGAUGAAGCACAAUGACUGCUCCACGCCGGAAUAUAUUGUCAACUGCACCGUCAACGUUCAGGACAUGUGCCAGAAAGAGGUGCUGGUCAAGUCAGAUGGGAACCGUGUUUGUUUCUACACAGGAAUACACUACAGGAAGUCGUGUGCGUCCUCCGGGGCUUGUCUCAUCGCCUCCUCCGGCUACCAGCAGUUCUGUACUGGGAGGCUCAACUCUGUCUGCAUUUCCUGCUGCAACACGCCCCUGUGCAACGGUCCCAAGAGGAAGAGGCCCGUCCCAUCAGCAGCCCAGUCUCACCUGCAGAAGCAGCAGCUUCCUCUCCUGCUCCUGAGCCUGCACCUCCCGUUGCUCAUGGUCCUCAUGGCCAGCUGAGUUAUCAGUGGGAGGUUCUAAACCAGGACCUCACCUCAACCUUCAAGAGCACCCGGACUUCACUGGACCAGACUUGUGCUGGAUUACUGGGACACGAAUGAGGCUUCGUCUUGCUUACGUUGUAUGUGUUACAGCAGAAACACAGGCCAUUUAUAUACACCAGUGACAGCCGGUGAAAACCAUCCUGAGUGGACUGUACCAUUGUUAACCAGAUUCAGUAAACAUCUCGAUCUCACAGCCCACAUGGCAGGACACCAGUGCUCUGUUGGAAAGUGCUUAUUUAUUCUCACGCCCAGACAUGACAUGCUCAGACUUCUGCUUCAACAGUGAAGGAAAUGUAGUGUUCUUUGUGUUGGUCGCCUCCAUCACUCCAUGCAAAAAUGUAGCACCCAUGAGGCACCAGAGUCCAUGUCACUGACUGAACGACCGACCAUGUGACCAUUUCAUAUCAGUGGUUGUGUCAGUGAAAUAGACCCAGUUGUUUGCAUAGUCUUUUCAACGUCCGUAAACAAAUUAUUAUUUGUUGUCGAUGGGCCAAAAGACGAAGGAUUUCCUUAUUUAUAAAACCCAUACCGAAGUACAGCUCAACAAGGCGCUGUGCGUUGUUCAUUCUGACGGAGGCAGAGCAGCGUCAGACUCUUUUACCGUCAGACAUAAGACAUAAUAUUACUAGAUUCAUCUCGUAGUUAUAGUAGGUGAUUAAAGUCGGAAUUUUAGGACAUUAAUCUCUAAUAUUACUUUAAUUAUAUCUUACAUUCCAAACACACCUAAAAUUAGGUUUCCAAAUUUAGUUUAAAAACAUGUAGUUUUUGCACUGUGGGGCGCUGCAGCGCCCUCUGUUGGCCAGUCACCACUGCUCUAAGCUUCUUCCCUACCAAUGUAUAUGUCUUGUGUUUUGCCAAACGGACUGGACGUCGCCAUUAAUGCAAAACAUGCUCUUGGUUGUGGCUAAUAACAGUAAUAAAUUCUAAAAUAACAUCCCGACUUUCCAUAACUGUAGGUCCAUGAUUCAUUUCAGUUCACACGAUUCCUGUUUCCCGACAAUAAUGAGUGUAAAAAUGGGUUCAAACGUUUCACUAGAUGAACCGCUGAACAAGGCUGAUUUACAAACAUGUUUUUUCAUCUUGAAAAACUGCACAAACUUUUCAAUCACGGAUGAGAUGUGAGCACUUUCCAGUUCUGCCAUCAUUAUCGAGGUGUUAUUCAUAAUUGCUGCGGAUGUUUGUCGCCAUACAGCGUCGCCUUCAGACAGUAAUAUACGGAUGGAGAAUCCAAUCAUCCACCGGCGAGCAAAUGCCAAGAAAGUUCAGAGGCGUCAAUCUUGCGCUCUAAUUGCUUGUUUUCCACAUUACUAUUAUUUUCGCCAAAGAAAUAAAGCAGAUUAAUAUUACAUGACUCAUUUCCAGCCUCAACUCAAACAGAUAAAGCCGAUUUAUAAGGAGUGUGGUUUGCAGGUGCUUUGAUGGGUCUUCAGUGAACAGUGACACUGGUUCUGCUGAUUUGUGAUGUAAAUAAAUGUUGCA